AUGUCUUCCAACGUUUUUGUUGAGCUCAAGACGCCGAUUACCGGCCCCUUCAAACAACCCACCGGCUUGUUCAUCAACAACGAGUUCGUCGAGGGUGUCGAGAAGAAGACCUUCGAGGUCAUCAACCCCGCUACCGAGGAGGUCAUCUGCUCCGUCCACGAGGCCACCGAGAAGGAUGUCGAUCUUGCUGUCACCGCCGCCCGCAAGGCUUUCGACGGUGUCUGGCGCGAGACCACUCCCCAGCAGCGUGGCAUCUACCUCCUCAAGCUUGCCGACCUGAUCGAGAAGAACCUCGACCUCCUCGCCGCCGUUGAGUCUCUCGACAAUGGCAAGUCCAUCACCAUGGCCCGCGGCGAUGUUGGCGCUGUCGUUGGCACCAUCCGCUACUACGGCGGUUGGGCCGACAAGGUUGAGGGCAAGACCAUCGAUAUCUCCCCCGACACCUUCCACUACACCAGGCAGGAGCCUCUCGGUGUUUGCGGUCAGAUCAUUCCCUGGAACUUCCCUCUCCUCAUGCUUGCCUGGAAGAUCGGCCCCGCUCUCGCUACCGGUAACACCAUCGUCAUGAAGACCGCUGAGCAGACGCCUCUUUCUGCUCUCGUCUUUGCUCAGGUUGCUGGUGCCGCCAUCUCCUCCCACAUGGACAUCGACAAGGUUGCCUUCACUGGCUCUACCGUUGUCGGCCGCCAGAUCAUGAAGGCUGCCGCCGAGUCCAACCUGAAGAAGGUUACCCUCGAGCUUGGUGGCAAGUCCCCCAACAUUAUCUUCAACGAUGCCGAUAUCGAGCAGGCCAUUGACUGGGUCAACUUCGGUAUCUACUUCAACCACGGCCAGACUUGCUGCGCCGGUUCUCGUGUCUACGUCCAGGAGGGUAUCUACGACAAGUUCGUCGAGGCCUUCAAGAAGCGCGCCUCCGAGAACAAGGUCGGUGACCCCUUCCACGACGAGACCUUCCAGGGCCCCCAGGUCAGCCAGCUUCAGUAUGACCGCAUCAUGGGCUACAUCAAGGCCGGUCAGGAGGAGGGUGCUACUGUCGAGAUUGGCGGCGAGCGCCACGGUGACAAGGGCUACUUCAUCCAGCCCACCAUCUUCACCAACGUCAAGCCUGACAUGAAGAUCAUGAGGGAGGAGAUCUUCGGCCCUGUCUGCGCUGUCGCCAAGUUCUCCACCGAAGAUGAGGUUAUCAAGCUCGGCAACGACUCCAACUACGGUCUUGCCGCCGCCGUCCACACCAAGGACCUCAACACUGCCAUCCGCGUCAGCAACCACCUCAGAGCUGGUACUGUCUGGGUCAACUGCUACAACGCCCUUCACCACCAGCUUCCCUUCGGCGGUUACAAGGAGUCCGGUAUCGGUCGCGAGCUCGGCGAGGCUGCUCUUGCCAACUACACCCAGUGCAAGUCCGUUGCUAUCAAGCUCAACUAA